AUGAAAAAAAAAAAAAUAAUAAUUCAAUCUGUUGCAAAAGAAAAUUAUUACCGUGAUGAAAUAUCAAUAAUAUCUCCUAAAAAUGAACCUUCUAUAUGUAGUGAUACCCGAAGUGAUAUAAACGAUUCUAAUUCAUCGCUGAAUGCUAUAGAAAACUGGCAUGGCCAAGGAAAAGACCAAAAUGCAAUCCAACAAAUUAAAACAACGAAUCGCAAAAAAAGACCAACAAAAUAUAUGGAUUCAAUGCCGGAAAUCGAUAAAUUAUUAAGUUCAAGGAAUCUAAGGUCAAACUUAAAUAGUUUAAUACUUAAUGGUAAUACAACCACCCCCGUUCGUUUAGGAAAAGACAAAUAUAUUGUGUAUAAUACCUGCCCAUUCGAUUCAGUCGUUGUAAUGUUAUCAAUGGCAUACAUAGAUAUACCAUCUUAUAAAUGUUUUGUUGAUGGUAAUGACAAUGAACUUCUAAAGUUUUCAAAACAAUUAGCUAAUAACAGUUCAUUCCGGAGCUUGUAUAACACUCGAGUUUCAAUUAUUCGAAAAAUAUUCAAUGAAGACGAAGGAAUUACUAAUUUAAAAGUAAUUGAUGCAAGAUGCAAUGUCAUGUUUAUUAUAACCAAUUUGUUGAAGACUGCUCCUUCCAGCAUCGAGGAUAUUGUGUGUUCAAAAAUGGAUUGUACCUACACCAAAAGACAUACUUCUAGUCCAACAAUAAUAUUAGGAUUGAGACACGAAUUUUCAACUUUGCAAAAUGCAAUAAAUCAGUACGUAGACAAAACAUAUUACGAGUGUCCGGAUAUAAAUUGUGAUGGUUUAAUAACAUCGAUAAGGUAUCUACAAAACCAUAUAUUUAUUGAGGCUGAUAGUAUUGCUGAUGAUCAACAGUUUUCAUUACAUGACUUUCCUGUGGAGAUAUGUGUUAAUUCAGAAAUGUAA